AGAGGAGGGGAGAGCUGCCAGGGACAGGGGCGGAGCUUUGACGUGAGCCACAGGGCAAGGAGCUUGCGAGAGCUUCUCCUCACGUCAUUUGAUUUCAUGGCAAGUGCUGGGAGCACAGGCAGCCUCACAGUGGGGAUUUUUUUUCUCUUCUCUCUCCCCACCUCCUCCAUUGUAUAAUGCUUCUCCUUCCCGGCCAGGCACAGGCACUGGUUUAAUCGCGCAGCCGGACCGACAUAUGGAGCUGCUGCUACAGUAGUGGGAGGGGGGCGUCCCUGAUGCGUUAGACCUCAGGUGCAAGUGCAUGGGAAAUGCUUAGGGCAGAGUCCUUUAAACAAAGGGAUUGGACCCAAAAAUUGUCAUUGUGCUGUUGCGAUUGGCCACCAGGAUCUCUUUUAAUACAGCAAGAUGUACUUCUGUGACAAACCAUUGUAUUGGUGUGUACAGGGGAAUACCUAUUGCAGAGAAACAAGAAGUAAUCUGAGAGCACUUCCUCUAGCCCUUGAGACUCCGUCCUGAGACACCACAAGGAGUGAGACCAGUGAACAGAGCUGAAACAGUUGAAUAGACAAAAAGCAAGCCUGCCCAGAUUGGUAGAUAGGUUUUUACAGCACUGAUAUGAGAAAGGUUCCAGGGUUGUACAGCAACAGGAGACUUUCGCACAGAGGAUCCUCGCAUCUUGUUUGGCUCAUUCUCUGUUAUACAGAGAGUUAGAAUCCCAUGACUGGAAGCAAGAAGAUAGGCACACAUAUAUGUUGGCUAAAGCAGGAAAGCGAAAGUUUGACGAGCAUGAAGAUGGGAUGGAAGGCAAAGUGGUGUCCCCAACAGACGGACCAUCCAAAGUGUCCUACACCUUACAGCGCCAGACUAUUUUCAACAUUUCCCUUAUGAAACUCUAUAACCACAGGCCGCUGACUGAGCCAAGCUUACAAAAAACAGUUUUAAUUAACAACAUGUUGAGGCGAAUACAGGAGGAAAUGAAGCAAGAAGGUAGUUUGAGGCCUGUGUUUAUCAGCACUUCUCAGUCUUCAGACCCUCUUGGUGACGCCUAUCAGGAGGCACAGCCUGCAUUUAGCCAUCUUGCCCCUUCUCCGGUUCAACCUAAUGACUUAUUAAGCACUACACCACUAGAGUCUUGCCUCACCCCAGCAUCUUUGCUUGAGGAUGACACGUUUUGCACUUCUCAGACAACUCAGCAGAAUGGUCCGAGCAGCAAACUACCACCACCUCCUCCACCUCCUAUCCAGCCAGUAAAGGACAGUUUCUCUUCAGCUUUGGAUGAGAUUGAGGAAUUAUGUCCAACAUCUACCUCCACAGAGGCAGCUGCAACAGAAGAAGCAACGGCACAUGUAAAUGAUGACACUGCUGCAUCCAGUACCCACAAGCCAGAGGGAACACAAGAGAGCCGAACAAGUGAGCCAAAACUAAUGGAUUCCCUUCCGGGGAAUUUUGAAUUAACGACAUCCACUGGCUUUCUUACUGACUUAACCUUGGAUGAUAUUCUUUUUUCUGAUAUUGAUACAUCCAUGUAUGAUUUUGAUCCUUGCACAUCCAAUGCUGGAACAGCCUCUAAGAUGGCUCCAGAUGAGCUUCUGAAAACAUUAUCUCCUUAUAGCAGCCAACCUGUAGCCCCAAGUCAGCCUUUUAAAAUUGACCUCACAGAGUUAGAUCAUAUUAUGGAGGUUCUGGUUGGCUCCUAAGGUGACUUUUUAUGUCCUGUAGCCCCACAAAUUCACAGCACUGUGCAUGCAUUCUCUCUUGCCUUUGAAGAAAACAAUAAGGAUCAUGGUACAUUUUGCAUUACGCUGUAUUGGAGUGCCUUCUGUAUGACUACUUUGGAGAAAUUUUCACCGUGGUUCUCCAAGAAUCUUACCACAGUCCACUGAUGAUUGCGUAUUACUAACAGUUUAUCAACAGCAAAGACAUCAGUCUCAAUUGUAAAUGUUAAGCACAAGAAUUAUGUUGGGGAACGCUGUAAAUUGCAUGUGCAUAAUUGUCUAUUUUUUCAAUAAGUUUUAUUGCAAAAAGGUAAAUUUUAUUAUUUAGAUAAUCAGAGUCCCUUUUUGGCAUUUUAUUCAUUCUUAGGUUGGAAAAUAGAAAAAAAAAUGGAGGCAUUAAUUAUGGCUUUUACAGUAAAAUAGCAUAUACAUGGCUGCUUAGAUACCGCCGCCCGAAUGUUUUUAUAUUUUUGUACAGAUUCUGUCAUUUAUUAUAUUGUUUUUCUAGAAAAUGUUCAAAAAAAAAAAUCCUGUGUUUGUACAAACACACACAAAAUUAUUUUGAUGAGGUCUCAAGACAUAUAGCCCUUCCUAUUUCUAACAUGCAAGCUAGGCCUGUGCUUUUUGUAAUCCUUUCAAUUGGUUUCUAUAUUUAUGGUGCAAAAAUGGUCACGGAUCAAAGAGAGCCUGCAAUAAUUUCCAAACGUAGGGCUACGUUGGAGUAGAUUGGGAGUGCGCGAUGAAUGCUCAGUAGAGAUAUCCCUUCCACUUGUUAUUGUUUUUACUUGGAAGAUUCUGAUUUUUUUUCUUACAGCCUCCUUUGUGGGUCAGAUAGGGGGUCCCAAAGUGCAAUCCACACACUUUCUUGGCCUCACUUGCUGGUCAGCAGACUGUAUUCUUAAGGCCUGCGCCUUACUGGGUACGUCAUCUGGAAAUGGCUUUUCCCAGCCUGCACAAAAACAGCACAUGCAUAGCCUUAUCCUCUAUGAAAUUGUGUUGAAUUCUCUAUAAACUGCUGAAUAUUACUGCUGAGGAGACCCAUUAGUGCUAAUUUUAUUAGAAUCUUUAUCUUUCUUUUAAAAGUCAAUGAAUUAAGGAAAACAGGGGUGCUAUGAGGCAAAUUCACAGCAAUGGAUUAUAUGUUUAUUGUACGUAAUUUGUUGAGCAGGCACUAGAAUAGUCCAGUUCACAAAUUUUAUUAUGGCAAAAAUAAGGACAAUUUGUCAAUCUGUUUUAAUGACAGAGUGGCUAUGUCCUAUAUGAACACCAUGAUGUGGUAAAGCAAAUCACAUUAGGGUUAAAUACACAGUUUCUUGUAAUCCGUAGAACCCUGAUUUUACAUUUCUCAGGGGAAUGCAUCAAAAAAGCAUAAAUUCCAGGAAAAUGUCAAAUCCAGGGGAAAAAACGCCACUUGCCUGUACAGGUCCGCAGGAAACGGUGUUAAUUCCAGGAAAACAUUAAAUCCGGGUUAGUAAAAUUGGGGUUCUACUGUAUUGCUUUGUCAUUGAUUAAAGGCAUUUAUCUUAGG